AUGUACACUGCAGGAGGCGGCGGCUGCGGCCUGGAAGCUGACCCGGGGCCCGCCGCGGGGCGCACGCCCUCCGCCACCUCUUCACCGGCCCUGCCGCUCCGGCUUCGAGUCCUCCCGUCGCUCCAUUUUGUCUCCAUGUCCGCGCACGGUCGCGCUUGGAAGGCCGCAUUCACGGCCCUUUGUAUCCCGCGCGCCCAGUCUUCUGGGCUCUCCUGCUGGCGUUUGCGACAGGAAGCUGAAUAUGGUGGGCAUGAUCAAAUAGAUUUGUAUGAUGAUGUCAUCUCUCCAUCUGCAAAUAAUGGAGAUGCCCCAGAAGACCGAGAUUACAUGGAUACUCUCCCACCAACUGUUGGUGAUGAUGUGGGUAAAGGAGCAGCACCAAAUGUUGUCUAUACAUAUACUGGAAAAAGAAUUGCAUUAUAUAUUGGAAAUCUGACAUGGUGGACAACAGAUGAAGACCUAACUGAAGCAGUUCAUUCUUUGGGAGUAAAUGAUAUAUUGGAGAUAAAGUUUUUUGAAAAUCGGGCAAAUGGCCAGUCAAAGGGGUUUGCCCUCGUUGGUGUUGGAUCUGAAGCAUCUUCAAAAAAGCUGAUGGAUCUGUUGCCUAAAAGAGAACUUCAUGGUCAGAAUCCUGUUGUAACUCCAUGCAAUAAACAGUUCCUGAGUCAAUUUGAAAUGCAGUCCAGGAAAACUACACAAUCAGGACAAAUGUCUGGGGAAGGUAAAGCUGGUCCUCCAGGAGGCAGUUCACGUGCAGCAUUUCCACAAGGUGGUAGAGGACGGGGACGUUUUCCAGGGGCUGUUCCCGGUGGGGACAGAUUUCCUGGGCCAGCAGGACCAGGAGGGCCACCCCCACCUUUUCCAGCCGGACAGACUCCACCACGUCCACCCUUAGGUCCUCCAGGCCCACCUGGUCCACCAGGUCCUCCACCUCCUGGUCAGGUCCUGCCUCCUCCUCUAGCUGGGCCUCCUAAUCGAGGAGAUCGCCCUCCACCACCAGUUCUUUUUCCUGGACAACCUUUUGGGCAGCCGCCAUUGGGUCCGCUUCCUCCUGGCCCUCCACCUCCAGUUCCAGGCUAUGGCCCCCCUCCUGGUCCACCACCUCCACAACAGGGACCACCUCCACCUCCAGGCCCCUUUCCACCUCGCCCACCUGGUCCACUUGGGCCACCCCUUACACUUGCUCCUCCUCCGCAUCUUCCUGGACCACCUCCAGGUGCCCCACCUCCAGCUCCACAUGUGAAUCCGGCUUUCUUUCCUCCACCAACUAAUAGUGGCAUGCCUACAUCAGACAGCCGAGGUCCACCACCAACAGACCCAUAUGGCCGACCUCCACCAUAUGAUAGGGGUGAUUAUGGACCGCCUGGAAGGGAAAUGGAUACUGCAAGAACACCAUUGAGUGAAGCUGAGUUUGAAGAAAUAAUGAAUAGAAAUAGGGCAAUCUCAAGCAGUGCUAUUUCAAGAGCUGUGUCUGAUGCCAGUGCUGGUGAUUAUGGGAGUGCUAUUGAGACAUUGGUAACUGCAAUUUCUUUAAUUAAACAAUCCAAAGUAUCUGCUGAUGAUCGUUGCAAAGUUCUUAUUAGCUCUUUGCAAGACUGCCUUCAUGGAAUUGAGUCCAAGUCAUAUGGUUCUGGAUCAAGAAGACGUGAACGAUCAAGAGAGAGGGACCAUAGUAGAUCACGAGAAAAGAGUCGGCGUCAUAAAUCCCGUAGUAGAGAUCGACAUGAUGAUUACUAUAGAGAGAGAAGCAGGGAAAGAGAGAGACAUCGGGAUCGGGAUCGAGACCGUGACCGAGAACGUGACCGAGAACGAGAGUAUCGUCAUCGUUAGAAGCUGAAGGAAGAGGAACACCUUCCAAGACAAAACAGUCUUCAUGGGGGAAAAAUGACGCUUGUCCAGCAGUUUACUUCUUGUGAUUGAACUGAACCUGUAAGGAUUCAUGGAUAAAAUGAACAGGAAUAGAUCUGAAUAAAGCAAAUCUGCAUAAAUGGUAACCAGUAGCUCUACUUUUAUUUUUUAUGUUGCUUAACUGUUUUAUUUGAAGGAAACCCGUGUGAUUUUAGAAGUUAUAGCUUUUGCAACUUUAUUACUGGUUAUAUACAUUUGGCCAUUAUAAUGUGCAAGCAAUUGGAAAAAAAAAGUCAAGUAAAUGCUUGUUUUUAUAGUAGUUUGUUCUUGUUAAAAAUGUUCAUAUGAUAAUGUCUGUAAACAGCACCACUUUGAUUACAAUAGAUGUAGUGUUGUAAUAAACUGUUUAAUGGGGCUGAUGUGUAAAGCUGUUCAAGUUAUUUGAUGUUUACACCUCAGGGAAAGUCUUGUGUUCAGCAAUAUCUAAAGAUAAUGUUAUUAUGACAACAUUUUUACUGUCCUUUAAAAAAGCAUUGCAAUAGCAUUUUUAGAUAUGCAUCAAUCUAAUCUUGCAUUCAGUGAAUUAAACAUACUAAUUAAGUGUCUCUUGCCCUUGAUUUUGAUAUUAGAAUAGGUGAUUACGUGGAUAUUUAAUAUUUCUAUAUUCUGCUUUUCUAGCUGUUUUUACCUAGUUAGCUUGUGACUUUGCUGAAUGUUAUGUAAACUUGUAAAAAUGGAAAUUUGACAGACAGCAACCCGGUCAAUGUGUUAGGGAUCAAAAAAUUUGAGGUUUUAACAUUUUAGUAAAAAUUCAUACGUAUUUGCUACCGUAAUGCAGCUUAAUUACAACACAGAUGUACUGAAACAAUUGUGAACUGUUAGCAUUGAAGAAAUAUUUUGACAGUUCUGAUUUGAUGCUGCAGUUAUUUGCUGUUUUUUUAUUGAUGGUGCUUGUGGUUCAUUUUGAAGCCACAGGCAGUGUAAAUACAGCUGUGCCGCAGGUAAAUGUGAGUAGAGAGAGCCUUAGUUUUAUUUUCCAGUUGGUGUAGAUUUCUGAAGAUGUGAUGUUUAUUAACACUAAGUUUUAUUCUCCAGUAUGUGUAAUGGGAUAUUACAGGUGUACCCUGUCUCCACAGUUUAAGGAAUUCUGUGUAUAUUCAUGCAACCUAUUGAUUCAUGGUAAAGUUAGUUAAGUUAAUCAAAGGGUUGUUUUUUGUUUUUUGUUUUUUCCCAAAACUGCCUUACGUAUAGGCCCACAUUAAAAAGCACCUGCCUGGCAUGUGUUCUUAAUUUGCAAAAUUAGCAGAGGCAGAUUGUCAAACUGAUUAGAUAUUUUUAUAGGAAGGUAGUUUUAAAUCAUAACUUCAGAAAUUUGAGUUAAAAUCCUCAA